AUGAGCAAAAGAGCAGAAAUCUCCGAAUUCCCAACAAUUCCUGCAUCGUCAACAUACUCCCUUCCUUCAAAUGAUGUUCUCAAGUUAUUCCAAGAUUCAUUUAGGUAUUUGUUAAACUCUCCAAAUAUUGAAAGUUUUAUCCAGACUGUGAAAGGUGAUUUAUAUGAAAGGGAUUACAUUAAAGCAUUUGGUGACGAUGAUAGAAGAAUGGCAUAUGUCGUGAGGUGGACUCCUUCAAGAGCACUUUGUUAUUCUUCCUUAUUCAGUUCGUUGGAAGAAAUCAGAAAUAUCAUCACCGAGAGAGACUCCAGAAUAUUGUGUAUUGGUGGAGGUGCUUGUGGUGAACUUGUUGGAUUAAGUGCCGUGUUUGCUCAAUCCAGAGACUUUUACAAUAAGGAAAGAUAUAGGUCAAAGCUUGACGUGAAGUUGAUAGAUAUCGCUGACUGGGGGUUGAUUGCCGACAAGUUAACAAGUGAGAUCAAGAAAGCUUGGCUAUACAAUGAACCUGACUAUCUAAAUGUUGAAUUUUUGAAUGAAGAUGUUUUAAAUGCUAAUCAUGAUUCAAGUUUACAACUCAAUUCUUUGGAUCUAAUCACUUUACUUUUCACGACCAACGAGCUUUUCUCAGAGGAUAAAGCAAAGUCAAUAAGAUUAUUUCAAGCACUUGAUAAUUGUCAACAAGGAGCACACCUUUUGAUUGCGGAAAGUGCUGGCAGUUAUAGUCAUAUCACUGUGGGAACAAAGAAAUUUCCUAUUAGGUUCUUGAUAGAUACAAUUCUUUUAGGGAAGGAUGGAUCUGGUAAUUGGGAGCUAGUGAAGCAAAGUGAUAGCUGUUGGUACAGAUGUGAAAAAGAUUACGACUAUCCAUUAAAAGUAGAAAAUAUGAGAUUCUUUUUUAGAUUGUAUAAAAGAAAGUAA